AUGACUAAAGCAAGCUCAACCCUCUUGGCGAUCGCCAUGGCAGGCGCCGGGUACCUGACAGCCCUCUGCACAACGCCACCAAAUCCUUCACCCUCGCAAAAAGACCGGCACAGUACCGAUCGCGUAACCUGGUUCGCCGGCACUGGCGCCACAAUCGCACGCCGCACGACACUCGCCAUCACCCUAUAUCAUGCGCUCUUGACCGUGGUCCCAACCUACGCCCCCGAUCGCCUCCACCAAGUCUGCCCCCGGCCCUCGAACCGCAAUAUGGAGUUAUUCACCUGGAGUCCAAUCAGCGCCAUCUCCCUCUUCAUAAUUCUGCUCGGCGCCUACAUCCGCCUAUCGGCUUACGGAGGCCUAGGCCGGAAUUUCACAUUCCACCUCGCGGCGCCAGACCAGCUCGUGACCAGUGGUGUGUAUCGCUGGAUGCAGCAUCCGAGUUACACGGGAGUGUUCCUGAUAUAUCUGGGUUGUAAUGGUGUAUUUUUGAGGUGGGAUGGUGUGCAGGCGUGUUGGAUUCCGGAGGCUAUGCUGGCGAGAUGGGUUGGUUAUGGGUAUCCCAUUAUAGCGGCUAUUCUGGUUGUGUCGUUUACUAUGAUUGGAGUAAGAGUGAGGGACGAGGAGGGCAUGAUGAAGGCGCAGUUUGGGGAGAAGUGGGAGGUCUGGCAUCGGAAGACGGCGAGAUUUGUUCCGGGGCUUUUUUAA